AUGCGUAGUUGGACAACAAUUAUUGCCUUGGCUGUAAUAUUCGCAUUUGCCAUAGAAUUUCGACCCUUGGAUCAUUUUAUGACUAGCUAUCUCACCAGUCGAGGAGUAAACACUACAGAUACUCAGGCAAAAGAUGAGUUGGUGCGUUUUGAAGACUAUUUCAGCAUAUUGACUGUUACGGUGAUAAUGAUGAUCACAGAUAAUUUACUUUACAAACCAGUUAUCUUUUUCAAUGUCUUCUGUGGAAUUAUCGUUUAUUCUAAUCUUGUUAUGUUAAAUAAUUUUAUCCAGUUAAAAGUAGCCGAACUAUGUGUGGCGUUCUUCAAAUCGUACGAAGUAGUCUACUUCAGUUAUUUAUUCGCUAGGGUUCAGGACAAGAGGUAUUAUCAGGCAACAUCGGGAUUAGCUAGAACCGCACUGUUGAUGGGCAAAUGUUGUUCGUUGGUAUUCGCCCAGACGUUAGUGGUUAUAUACGGAAAGGAUUACGUAAAACAAUUUCCGUGUUACACAUUGGGCAGUAUGGUUUUCGCAUUUGUACGGGCGUCGUUUUUUCCAUCGGUAAGACGGAAAAGUUACAAUAACGAUGAUACUAUAGCAGAAUUUAUGUUGAAUAAUAACAAGGAACCACUUAAUUCAAAGAAUAGACCCAUUCAAUCUCAGUCAACUGCAACCGAACCUAUGUUAAAACGAAUAUGGAGAGACUUUAAAGAAUCUUAUAAAAACUUAAUUGUUCUGAAGUGGUCCAUUUGGUACUGUUUGUCUUUAGUCGGCUUUAUGACGAUAAAAGUGGCCUGUGUAACUCACAAAUUAGGCGAAGAUGAGCAAGCUGACGGUGUAGUUGAGUCCUUGACCGUAUUAAUAGGGGCCAUCAGCUCAUACAAAAUCGGCAUGAAACGCGUGAAUUGGGAAUUAAAUGGUAAUGCGUUCAUAGGAUCUGGGUCUUUGAUUCUUGGCGUAUGCGUGAUAUCUUGUUACUUUCAUCAAAAUAUGUUAUCGAUCCAACUGUCGUACAUAUUAUUCGGAGUACUGAUCCAAGCCAUGUUUGUAACGGCGUUGUCUGAAGUAGCAAAACAGCUGAAAAAUAAUUGUUAUGCACUUGUAUUGGGUUUCAAUUUGUUCAUCUCACUGAUAUUGCUGCUGUGUUAUAAAGAAAUCUUUACCCGUGGCAAUUUAUUUAAGAUGGAUAAUCCCAAACAGGUUUUAUUCUACGGUGGCUUAUACAUUUUUCUCGGCAUAAUUUAUCUGAUACCUUCUGGGAUAUCAUUCAAUAGAAGAUUGAAUAAUAGAUGUCCAGUCUACGAUAUAACUGAAUAG